UGCACUGUGACAACCAAGCCUGCCUGCUUACAGUCGCGACAGCCACAACAGGGGAAAUGGGCCUGGCCUGUUCUUCCUGACCACGAAGAAGGCUCCACUGACUAAGCAGGCAUUCGUGGAAGAGAUUAGGAAACUUCUCAGGGCACUCGAACUCCCGGAGGAGAACUAUGCUGGUCACAGCUUCCGUAUUGGCGCUGCAACAUCUGCUGCACUUGCAAAGGAUAAAAGACAGAACUAUUCAGCUGCUGGGUCGGUGGCAGAGUGGUGCCUUCCUUCGGUACAUAAGGACACCACACGAACUGUUGGCUGCCAUGUCAGCACUAGCCUCCCAGAGGCGCCUCACCACAGACGCUCAUCCGAUCCAGUAGGGCUCCAACAUUGCUCUAGAUUGUUGCUGGGUUGGUGGCAGAGUGGUGCCUUCCUUCGGAUUAUGCAGACUAUGAAACCGUUCCAUAGUGUCACCCAUGGAGGCUCAAAGGCAGUGAUAAGGAAGGGACCUAUACAGCCUGUUUUGAUGACAGUAAUGCAGAGGAUGGGAAACAAAAAAGUUACUUUGGUCGAAAACCUAGAGUUUUAUGGCAUUAUGGCCGAGAAAGUUGCACAUACUGCUCAAAAAUUAGCCGCUGCAAGCACAACAGUUGAAAGUACACCCGGGUCAUCUAAGGUCCUUGUUCAAGGAAAUGCUGUGAACAUAAUUUCAAAAUUACUGCAAGAUGAAUACGGUCUACCAAGUAAGUAUAUUGACGUUGUUGACAAACUAAAACAAUCAAGAAAGAAGGGUGGAAAAAGAUAGUGUCCAUAUUUUACGAUGAACAAUUUGCUGUGGUUUUGUAAUACCUUUUUCUGCUGUGUAUGCAAAUAUCCAAUGGCAAUCAUAUUUUAAUGAGCAAUACAAACCAACCUAGGAUAACAUUCUAUUUUGCACACAUCUUAGUGCGUAUAAUUCACAAUCAAACAAAUAUGGUGUAAGCAGCGCAGUUUGUCUGUUUAUGUAUGUUCAACUAACUCAUUUCGUUAUUCGAAAGAAUCUGUUAAUGAGCCAGCCAACCGAAGAAGUCUUCCCCCACAUGUAGGUCAUUGAUGCCUACCUAAAACUAAAAU